CCUCGAGCCCCGCAUAGGGGUGCAUUUUUCUUUCAUUCUUUCGCGCCGCCAAUGCAGCUAUUUUUGACUUCUGAAGUAAUGUACCUACUAUUGAUUGUUACAGGAAUAAUACGAAAAAAUGCCUCGAAAAUAUGUUCGAAUAUCGGAUAGAAGUAGAUAUGAUAAUGAAAAAUUAAGUGACGCUGUCAAGGCAGUAAAAAAUGGAACAAUAUCUGCUUACGCUGCAUCAAAACUUUAUGGUAUGCCAAGAACAACAAUUGUGAACCGUGUAUAUGAACGCAAAGGCUUAAAAUCCAAUACUUUAGGCAGGUGUACUGCAUUGCCCACAGAUGUCGAAGAAACGCUUGCGGAAAAUCUCCACAUAAUGGAAAAAUCAGGGUUUGGAUUAACUCGCAAAGAAGUGAUUGAAUUGGUUGAUCGAUAUGUGAUUGAGAAUAAGAUCAAAUGACUAUAAAAAAAAAACAUUUGAUAUCUACAGCUAUUUAUGGUUGUUAUUCUAAAGCCGGCUGUACACAUGGGGCCAAGGUGUUGGGCCAAUGUGUUGGGCAAAAAUGAUGGAAACCAAGAUUCCUAUUCACACAUUGGCUUACUGAUUAUUCUGCAUUGGCGCUUCAAAGAUGGACGUAGAAGUUCUUACAGCCGCGGCAAUUUAUUUAUACAGUGCGUUUAAUUAUUACGUACAUGUGCACCAAAGUAGAGUGAUUAAAAAGAAAUGGCGCAAAAGAAGGUGGUGAAUGGUGACUAUUCAUCGGAAUAGAACGAGAGAGACUAUGAAUCAACAGCUUGCCGAGCUUCUUGCAGAACCAUCUGGGGAGUUCGAUAAUUUCGUUCGAAUGUCAUGCACUGAUUUUGAAUACCUGCUACAAAAAAUUUCUCCGAUGGUUUCUCAGCAAGAUACUACUUGGAGGGAAGCUGUACCAACAAAAAUACGACUUGCAUUGACAUUGAGAUUUUUAGCUACUGGAGAUGACUACAGAAGCUUAAACUACCUAUUUAAAAUAUCAAGUUCACUUAUCUCACGCAUAAUAAUCGAAGUCUGUUUGGCACUCAAUUAUGUUUUGCAAGAUAUGAUUAAAAUGCCUGAAUCUGCGAGCGAAUGGAUGUCCGUUUCAGAAGGAUUCAGCUUCCCGCAUUGUUUGGGCGCUAUAGAUGGGAAGCAUAUCAAUAUACAAUCACCUUUGCACUCGCGAACUGAAUACUUUAACUAUAAAGGCCACUUUAACAUUGUUUUACUAGCACUAGUAGAUAGUAAUUAUUGUUUUUUGUUUGCCGAUGUAGGUUCUCAAGGACGGAUUAGUGAUGGAGGUGUUUUCAAUCAAAUUAUCUUAUAUCAAAAACUAUCGUCGAACAAUAUGAACUUACCCCGUCCUAUUCCACUUCCUAAUAGUGACAUACGUCAUAACCUAAGUGUCAUGCCUUACGUAUUUUUAGGCGAUGGUGCAUUUGCUCUCAGUACCCAUUUAAUGAAACCGUUUCCCGGUCAUCACGCAGACAGAGUAUUCAAUCAAGAAUUAUCCCGUUCUCGAGUAAAAGUAGAAAAUACUUUCGGAAUACUAACCGCCAGGUUCAGGAUCUUUAAAAAAAAUAUACCCUUGGAACCUACCAAAACUUCUAUUGUUACAAUGACAUGUCUAUAUCUACAUAAUUUUUUGAGAAAAAGUACUUCUUCACAGAAUAUUUAUUCACCUCCUGGUUCAUUCGAUAUUUAUCAAAAUGAAGAUCUAGUGCGGCCAGGUUCAUGAAGAAAUAAUGGAGAUAGUUCGUUUUUACCAUUAUUAAGUGUACCGCGUAGACCGCCGCAUACUGCGACACAAAUAAGACUGGAUUUUAUGAAUUACUUUUUUAG